AUGGUGUUUGUAGAUAAUUCAAAAAUUAUCAGUUCAGAGGACAGCUGGUUCAAGAGAUCCCAAGACGCAUUGAAAGAAAGGUUUUUCAAUGUAGCAAACGAAAUUAAAUCAUCCCAGAACAAGUUUUAUGAGAUAGAAAAAAGAUGCUACCAAGAAGGUCGUGGUCAAUGCCUUGCCCAACAUGAUGAAUUCAAGCUCCUUAUAGCUGACCUUCAAAGAAAGCAAGAAAAGGAAAAACAAAAGUGCUUUGAUACCUGCAAAGCCCUCAUUCCUAAAGAUCAAAACACAAAUAUAAAGCAAGUAAAUUGGGAAAGCGACUAUUUCGAGUGCUACUCACUUUAUAUGGAGAGAUAUAUAAAGCUGAUGCAGAAUGAAAGCGAAGUCUAUAAGAACGCGACAAGCAAGCUGCUUUAA